CGAAGACAUUGCCAAACAUUUCAAUCUUUGGGGUAUUAAUCGAUUUAUGGUCAUUGAUUGACUACCAUGAAGACGACCAAACUCACGUCAUUAAUGUCUGUGAUCCUGAGAAAGAGAAAUGGCGAAGUCAGUUAGUUCCGCUGGUUCGAAAGGAUCUUUUAAUCCGGAUUCUGAUGUUCAUAUUACAUAUGAAGAUCAGCAGAAGAUAAAUAAGUUUGCUCGUCACAAUGCAAAAUUAGAUGACUUCAAAGAGGAACUUAAGAUUAAGCAGAAUGAGUUGAAGAACAUAGAGGAUGCUUGUGAAGAACUGAUAUUAGCUGAUAGUGAUAAAAAUAUUCCAUUCUUUAUGGGAGAGGUGUUCAUAUACCAUGGUAUUGAGCAAACACAGAAAAUGUUGGAUGAAGCCAAGUCCCGGGUUCAGUCUGAAAUAGAAGAUUUGGAAUUGAAAUGUGCAGAACUUCGCAGCAUCAUGAGUGAUAUGAAAACUCAGCUGUAUGCUAAAUUUGGAAAUCAUAUCAAUUUGGAAGCUGAAGACGAUUAAGGAAUGUGAAUGUACUACUGGCAUGAUAAUCAGACUGGGAAUAUUACUAAAUCCUGACAAAUGUUUUCAGAUUUGAUUUGUUUUUAUAUUCACAGAAUUGUUUUAGGUCAAUAUGAAAAUUGCAGGUUGAGAUAACUGGGAAGAAGGUUCAAGUUGACUCUUGCAUAGAUCUGGAAACAAACUGUGAAAAUCUAUGUUACUAUCAGACGUAGUUUUACUUUCUGGCUACAAAAGAAUUUCCAUGCUAUUUUGUAGAAACUGAAAAAAGAACAACCCCCACCUCUUCAAGAUGGAAGAAAGCAUUAUACAUCAAACAAUUUGAAUGCUUGUAACAUCUCUUGGACUGUGUUUGAAUGAUGUGUUGUCUGUUACACAAGUUUAUUUAUUUAUAAUAUCUUUUUUAAAAUAAAGUUGUAAUUGUAUUGGAAGCAUAUUACCAUUACUGAUAAUAAUAUAUAGAACUGGAUUCUGGCAAA